AUGAUUCAUGGGCAAAAAACUGAUUUUGUGAACGUACAAAGAAAAAAAGCUCGAUAUAAUCAAGCAACUCAUCAACGACAUGAUGAACUUAUACGACAUAGUUUACGUCAAUUUCUUAUCUAUACAGAUCAUACAAGAUUAAGACGACAAGCUUUAUUUAUUCAUCAACAAGUUUAUUUAUAUCAUGAUCGAAAUGCUUUAGCAUUAAAAUAUGUUUGUAAAUGGCGAGCAUUUGUUAAACAAUCCAUCGCACGUAAACAAUUAACACAACAUUUUAUGAAAAAAACGACAAAUGUUAUACCAAUAACUAAGAAUCCACUUGCAUUGGUUAAAUUUGAUAGUAGUCCUCCAAAGUAA